AUGGAGGCGGCGGCCGAGCGGCGGCGGGAGCGGCGGCGGCGGGAGGUGGCGGUGAAAGCCGAGAAGCGGAGCCCCCGGCGCUCCGCCUCCCGCUCGGCGCGCGGUAGCCAGUCGCCGCCGGCCGAGGAGCGGCGGGGCCCGGCCGGGCCGCGCCAGGGCAGCCGCGGCAGGAGCAGCAGAUCGCCCAAGAGGAAGAGCAAGUCCGGGCGGAGGAGCCGGUCCCCGCGCGGCAGGAGGAGCCGCAGCCCGCACCACGCCGCUGUGAAGGUGAAGCAGGAGCGAGAUGAUCAUUGUCGUAGAGGAAAUGAGGAGCGAAAGCAGAGAUACCCAUCAGAACAAGAACACAGGAGAGAGAGAAGUGGUGACAGAGAUAGACACCGAGACCACUCAGACAGAAGGAAGAAUCCAAAUGAAAGGCCUGGAGUUCGAGGCCACGAGCGAGAGAGGGAUGUUCAGAACAUCCGUGAGCAGCAAGCAGAGAGGGAGUUUUAUAAUGAGAGAAGACGAGAGCAUCGACAAAAUAAUGAAGGCAGUGGUGUUGACCAGAAUCCAGAACUUGGGCAAUCUGAUAACAAACCUAAAGAAAAAGCUUCGGUAAACAAAGAGAAGCCAAGCUUUGAACUGUCUGGUGCGCUUCUAGAGGAUACCAACACUUUCCGAGGUGUUGUGAUUAAGUACAGCGAGCCUCCCGAAGCUCGAAUUCCAAAGAAGCGAUGGCGCCUCUAUCCUUUCAAAAACGAUGAGUUUCUCCCAGUCAUGUACAUUCACAGACAGAGUGCUUAUCUUCUGGGCAGGCACCGCAGAAUCGCAGAUAUUCCAAUUGACCAUCCCUCUUGCUCAAAGCAGCACGCUGUGUUUCAGUACCGGCUUGUGGAGUACACUCGUGCCGACGGUACCGUUGGCCGCAGAGUCAGGCCCUACAUAAUCGACUUGGGCUCUGGGAACGGCACUUUUCUAAAUAACCAGCGGAUUGAACCUCAGCGGUAUUACGAACUAAAGGAAAAGGAUGUACUGAAGUUUGGGUUCAGUAGCAGGGAAUAUGUUCUUCUCCAUGAAUCUUCAGAUAAAUCUGAGGCCAACACAAAGGACGAUGAUGAUGAGGAGGAGAAGGAGGAAGAGUCUGACAGUUAACAGAUGAGGAGGAAAUCGGGGUGGGGGGAGGGC